GGUCACAUGGCGCGGAAGUAGACUGAAUUGUGUCGGCGUGGUUGUGUUUACAUGAAAAGCCUCUGGUUUACACACCGCAUGCAGAGGGAGCCCUGAUGAAGUGACCAUGAAGCAGGACAGUGAUGCUGUGAACGUCCCUGCAUGCUUCAUAUCAAGCCAUGAAGGUUUUCUCGGAAGCAUCAAAAACUUUAUCAAAGACUUUGUGGUGACUGAGAUAGACGUCAAUGGACAGCAGGUUAAUAAAGCUACAGCAACACAGAGCCCAGGUGGUGCCUCCUCAUAUAAAAACAAUGAGACCGCUGCCGAAUUUAAGCAUAAUAAUCAGUCCUCUGUCUCACACGACACAGAUGUCCCAGCUGAUUAUGAGGUAGAUGUUGCCCCACCUAGUCCAGGCAGCUUUGAUUUAGGUGUGAUUUUAGGCCAGUCAGUCAGCGAUGAGCUUGAGCAGUUCGUGUUGACUCUCAAAGACGAAAAGCCAACCCAGCAGGAGUUAUCUCUGGGAUCCUUCACUGACAAACACCACAGAGCAAACGUCCACCGGGCCGUCAGACACCGCUUCCCCUUCCUCAUGACCGUCACCAUUCAGCCCGAGAUCAGGGUGAGGGAGGACCCCGACUACAGAGAGCUCUCCCAGCUGGUCACAGAGGACGAAGCAGAGGACUUCUUCAGGUUCAUAGAUGCCAAAGUGCGGGGCUCAUCCUACACGUUUGGACCUGACGACAACAAGGAGCACAGGACGGCGGUCCACCAUUUCCUGAGCCGCAGGUUUGGGAAACUGGUGGAGACGAAAAGCUUCAGCGAUCAGGGGAGCACAGCGAUCUCGGUGAGGCUGAGAGAGCGAGGGAGGCCGAAGAAGAGAAGCGCAGAUGAGCGGAAGGAAGAAGAAGUGUACACUGCGUUCACCCUGUGUAAGGAGAACCUGGAGACUCUGGAGGCCAUCAGCUACAUGGCCGCAGCUCUCGGUGUCCUACCGUCAGAUUUCACCUACGCUGGGAUCAAAGAUAAGAGAGCCAUCACCUAUCAGUCCAUGGUGGUGAAGAAGGUCUCACCUCAACGGUUGAAAGAGAAGACGGGCGAGUUCGAGAGGAGAGGGAUGCGUCUGUCUCAGGUCCGCUCUGUCAGCGAGCCUCUCAGGCUUGGACGACUGCAGGGGAACCACUUUGACCUGGUGGUCCGCGACCUGAGACCACAUGGAGCCAGUGACACACACUCCUCUGGUGCAGACAGGCACGCUCGCCUGGCAGCGCUGGUAAAGGAAGCAGUGGAGAAUGUCAAGGCCAGAGGUUUUGUCAACUACUAUGGACCACAGAGGUUUGGCAGUGGACAGAGCGUUCAGUCUGACAGAGUGGGACUGGCUUUACUCAAAGAAGACAUGGUCAGUGCUGUGCGCCUCUUCUUCACUCCAGACGAAGGCAAUGAUCCUCAGAGCCACGCAAAGAGGCACUUCCUCCAGACAGAUAAUGCUAAGGAGUCUCUGGCUUUGAUGCCAUUGUCUAAGGCCAGGGAGCGGCUGAUGCUGCGGGCCCUGAACCGCUACGGUACAGGUGCAGAUGGGUGUGCCCAAGCCUGGCUCAGCCUGCCCCACAGCAUGAGAGUCUUCUACCCACACGCCUACUGUAGCAGAGUGUGGAACGAGGCGGCGGCUCACAGGUUGGCUACUCUGGGCCACAGUGUCAGGCGAGGAGACCUAGUCUGGAUACAAGAAGGGCACAACAAACCAGAGGACACUGGAGAAACCAGCUCUGCUCAGGUGAGAAAGAUCCAUGUGGUGACAGACCAAGAGGAGCAAGGGGGAGUCUACACACUAGGACAAGUGUUACUGCCGAUGCCAGGAAACACGGUGAAGUAUCCGGAAAAUGCCAUGGGGACCUGGUACCAGGAGAGACUGGCCAGAGAUGGACUGGAGGACUGUCGCUUCAGAGUCGGCAGCCUGAAACUGAAUCUGCCAGGCUGCUACCGCCCCCUGCUGGCCCUUCCACGCAACCUCAGCUACCAGCUCCAGAGAGCAGCCUGCAGGGAUGGAGGAGGAGGAGGAGGAGAGGUGACGGGAGAAAGGAAGCAGGACUCGCUCGCUCUCACCUUGAACUUCGACCUGGAUUCCUCCUGCUACGCUACCAUCUGCCUCAGAGAGAUCAUGAAGUGUGACCCGUAGAACUCAAGGGGAAUUGUUUCUGUUGUAUUUGUGUAUACUUGUGUGUAAAAGAGUCAGCAUUUUGUAACUCACCAACAACAUUUUUUAACUUUAUUGACGCUACAGUGAUUGUGAUACAGUAUCAGUAGCACUUUAGUUUGUUGUUGAAGUACUGAGCAGAAGAUUUUGUUUGUAGGCUACAUAGUGAAAAAGCAUAAUGUGCAGUUAGUUAAUAAAACUUCUAAGGAAAGGGGCCACUGCCAAAUGUGAACAUAUCUAAAUGUAACAGCAUGUUAACAGUCAUUGUGUUUUGUGCCAUCAAUAAAACUUUCAGAUAAGAAA